AUGUCGAGUUCAGUCAAAAACUCCAAUUCGGUACGCCGACGUUCAAAAAGUCCUGGCCAAAUGCUUCAAAAACCUAUCCGUAAAUUAUCAGAUGAAGAAUUACGGGCUAAUUUAAUUGCACUUGGCGCAAAGGUGGGACCAGUAACUGCUACAACUCGUAACAUCUAUGAAAAACAGCUCCAGAAAAGACUCCAAUUGAACAAGUCUUCAGGAAUUCUCAAUAACUCAUCGAAUGAUCUCCUAACUGUUUGCGAUCGACCAAAAUGUCCGACACCACCUCGUCCGACCAUGGUUCCUCGAUCUUCACUUUCUACUUCCUCCUAUUCUUGUACACCAACAUCUACGAAGCGCUACAAUGAUAUUUUGGAAAGAACGCCUUUAACUUCAUAUUACCGAAGGGCACGGCGUCGGUUGGAUUUCAGAGAUAAUCAAGAACAGUUGAAUAUUUUAAAAAUGUCUGGAGACAGUGACAGUGAUGAUGAUCAUAUGGAAAGUUCACGCAUAGUUACUGCGAACCCAACUGUAAUGCCUGGCACACAGAAACCAUCCUCAACACUCUCAACACUGAACAAGUAUCUCAAGAGGUGGACAUCGUUCAUCUGUCCACGCAAGUAUUCCCGAAAGUCACCUUCCCAAUCAUUGCAUGAGAGAUAUCCAUAUUCCUUUCGGCAAGCUGCACCAACACGUAACACUAUAAUGGGCUUUGACAUAUCACGAAUACUAUUAUUCUUUCUUAUGUCUCUGAUUGGUUUUUUGCUUAUUGCUUAUCUGGCAACUGCAAAUUCGGGUGCUUUGAUUCACGGCGGUCGUAUUGCUUAUAUUGCUGCAAAGGAUACGGUGUUUUUCUUAUAUACGUAUGCGAUUCUCCCGUUACUUACAGUGGUUGUAGUAUGUGGAGUGAUGGUUGGUAUUUAUAUGUUGCAACGUUAUCAGACAAGAAAGAAAGCCGAAGAUAAACGACUUAUCUUUGAUCUCAUUGAGAAAAUUACUGAUAUUAUUCGCGAUGCAAACGAACAGGGUCAAAUUUAUGUUGCCGAGCCUCAUGUGCGAGAUAUGCUUCUUCCACCAUCUAAGAGAAUGCGUAAUAGUCCGGAGUUGCGCCGAUGGCAAGAAGCGGUUGCAUUUAUCAAUUUGAAUGAAUCACGUGUGAGCACGGAAACUAGAAUUAUCAAUGGUGUGGAAUGCUCUGUAUGGCGAUGGAUACCUGCAAAAAAGAAUGGUUGGCAGGGUAGUGCGUUUGAUGGAAGUAUGCGACGUAGUAUGCUAGACCAGGCGCCAUCACACUGUCUGAAGCUGCGCGGAAUGUUUUCUUCAGCGAAGAAUUAUGAAGCAAAAUAUAUAGAUUUGAAGCAAGCUUUGCUACAGAAAAUAGCUCCAGUUCAGCCGUUACACGUUUAUAUGGAAAGUGAUUCUAAGGAGGGAGUAAUGUUUGCUCGUUUCGCGUCAUUAACCGAUUGCAGUUCUGCUUUUAAAUCAUUACACGGAACCUGGUUCAACGGUCAAUUGGUGUGGGCGAAGUUUCUCCGUGACGAACGCUACGAGCAGCGAUUUCCUAAUGCAUUACGCCAAUGA